AUGGAUGUAGUCAAUGCAAGGUCCGGCGAAUCAAGGUCAGCAUGUUCGAACCAGACACUCCCAGCAGCGGGCUUAUAUGCUGAUGUCGCGUCGCAGUGUAAUGAGGUGCAUCCAGUUUGUAACAACUGCGAACGUCGCCAAAUAUUCUGCGACUUUUCCGUGUCUCCCGGUAGUAGCAAAUCUCCCAGCACUGCAGCUCCAGAUGUACGAAGGCAAGGGAGUCAAGCAGGAUCGGUCAGUGGGUCACAGCGCACUCCUACGCUGCCUAUCGUCGAUCCAUUUCAGCAGCCUGACCUCGUGAGCACCAAAAAGAGCACGGAUCUGGACGUGACCGACCUUCGAUUGAUGCAUCAUUUCACCAGCGUGGUCGCCCUCGACCUAGCAAAUGCCCAAACUCCCGAAGCACAGGCAUUGUGGCAGGUCCAUGCGGUUAAGCUGGGCUUGAAGCACGAAUUCCUUCUCCGAGGCAUUCUGGCUGUGUCAGCAUUCCACCUUGCCUAUCUUUAUCCUGACAGGAAGGCCGAGUAUGAAUUGAUUGGGACGACGCAUCAAAGCCUGGGUCUGACCGAGUUUCAAGAAACACUGGCACAUGUCGACGAAACCAACUGCCAGGCACUUUUUGCCUUUUCUUGCCUGCUGAUCGUUCUGGCCUUUGCUUCCAGUGCGAAAGACAAACCCGAAGACUUUACUCAUGAUGUGUUGCAUUGGUUCUAUUUGCUGAGGGGGGCAAACAUGGUCCUCAAUAUGCACCACGACACAAUCCGAUGCAGCUUUCUCAAGCCGUUACUGGACGAGAUGGCGCAUAUGGACAACAUUGCGGCCUAUAGAUUUCCAGAUACCGAUCAGAUCACUAAGCUUUUUCGGGUUUGCGGUUCUUCGGAACACGACAAAGAGACAGCGCAGGCCAUCGACCUUGCGAUCCAUUCGCUCCUCAGCACUUUUAUCCAAGCUUCACUACUGAAAACGCGUGGCGAUGGAACUGUUCUAGCAACAUUUGUCUGGCCGAUCAAUCUACCGCCGAAGUUUCUUGAUCUUUUGAGCGAGAAGCAGCCGGAGGCUAUGGUUAUUCUUGCACAUUACUGCGUUCUCAUAUACUGGGGAGAGACUCACCAGGAAGACAAUUGGUUCAUCAGUGGGUGGGCCAAGUAUAUGCUCGAAACGGUAAAGGAAUCGAUACCGGAUGCGUGGCAGGAACAGCUUGAAUGGCCGAUCAUGAUGAUCACAAAAGAACAUGAUUCGCCCAGUGCUGAAGCAGCAUCUUUGGCGCCCCCUCGAGCGAUGGGCUGA